AUGGGGUUUCAAGCCACUGCUUUCCUCGCUCUCGCCGCGGUUGUACAAGCCUCCUGGACGUCGAACAUCAACUACCGCAGUCCCUCUGAGCACCAUCCAUCUCUCGGUGUCUCUAUCCACAGGGUCGUCAAGAGAAAUGACCCACAGAGCCCAUUAGACCCGGCCACAUUGAAUUUCACCCACGGUGUUGCUUCAGGCGACCCAUAUCCAGACAGUGUUAUCCUGUGGACGCGCGUCAGUCCUGUGCUAGAUAACGACAAAUCAAAUGCAACCGUGUCCGGCUACGUGCCGCUAUACAACCAUGACACUCAGGAAUACAUCUCCUUGUCGAAGGCUCCUAUCUGUGUAGAGUACAAGGUCGCCUCGGAUGAACAGCUGGGGAACGUGGUGGACUCUGGUACCAUCUAUACCACUUCUGACAUCGAUUACACAGUCAAGGUUGAAGCUCAAAACCUGGAGCCAUUCACGACGUACUGGUACCAGUUCAACGUGUGCGGUUCCGACAACAAGAGCCCACUGGGGAGGACAAAGACCACGCCUGAAGAGGACGACGACGUGACUGAGAUCGGAAUCGCCGUCUACUCAUGUUCGAACUUCCCCUUUGGCUACUUCAACGCAUUCGGCAACCCAGUACGCAAAGACUCUGUUGACUACGUUAUCCACUUGGGAGAUUACAUAUACGAAUACAAGAAUGGGGACUACGGCCAGGGUCAGACUAUCGGCAGAGUGCCACUUCCCGACAAGGAGAUAUUCAGCCUCUACGACUACAGGAAGCGUCUUGCCACCUACCGGACUGACCUGGACCUUCUCGCCAGCCACCAGAGCUUUCCGUGGAUCCCGGUCUGGGACGACCACGAGGUUGCAGACAACACCUAUCGGGACGGCUCCUCCGAGCUGAACAACACCGAAGAUUCUUUUGUCAAAGACGGCGGGGUUUCAGUAGACCAGCGCAGGAUGAACGCCAUUCGCGCUUAUUUCGAGUGGAUGCCCAUUCGCCAAGUGGACAUGGACGACAACUUGAGAAUCUGGCGCUCAUUCAAGCUCGGCAACCUCGCGGACUUGAUCAUGCUUGAUACCAGGCAGUACGAUAGAUCUAUAACGGACUUGUAUUGGAACACGGACUAUGUCCAUUCAAUUGCCAACGACGCUGGCCGGUCGCUCAUGGGAUCGAGGCAGGAGAAUUGGUUCUACAACCAACUCUCUUCCUCCUCCAAGCGCGGAGCAACGUGGCGCAUCAUUGGCAGCCAGAUCGUUUUCAGUCGGAUGAAUGAGUCGAUAGCCUUUGGCGAUGAGAGUCCCUUGAACAAUGACGCGUGGGAUGGGUACCAAUCGAACCGCAACAGGACGUUCAGCCACCUGUACAACAAUGGGAUCGGCAAUAACAUCUUCCUCGCAGGCGACUCCCACGCGUCCUGGGUUUCGGACCUCGUGUGGCUCGGAGAGAAGAGCUAUGACUCGGCAACUGGCGAGGGCUCGAUCGGCGUCGAGUUCGCCGGAUCAGCGGUGACCUCCCCGUGCCCGUACGGCGCGAACGUCACGCUCGAGAAGGCAAACGCGGGCUCCGCGUGGCUGCAGAACGCGAACGAGGAGCUGCAGUGGCAGGACCUGUACUACCGCGGCUACUACGAGCUGCACAUCUCGCCCGAGAGGCUGACUGCGAACUACUUUGGGCUGCCGACGGUAGUCAACAGGAACGGCUGGGAGAUCCCCAUAGCCAACUUCACUGUUGAGGCCGGUGCGAACAAGCUGCAGCGGCCGGUAGCCGGGGGGCUUGUGGAGACCGGAAGCUUGAAAGGGGGCGAGACGAAGCAGACCAAUAUCACGGUGGACACGAAUAAUGGAACGUGGUUCGUGAGCCAAGCCCCCUUGGAGGUGCUGUAG